AUCCAACUCCAUCGCAACCCAUCAACCCGAAGAAAAAUGCAAAAGUACUUCGCACUCUUGGCCUUUGCUGCCCUGCUUCUGGCUUCCGUGUCGGCACAGAAGUGUAACGAGUGCCAGAGCAGCAACGAUGCCAAAUGUGUGAGCCAGACUAAAUACCAGAAUUGCAUGAACAAUGUUGCAAUUGGGGCGGAGGCAUCAUGUCCCACUGGUACCGUUUGCAGCAACACUGCCGAUGUCUGCGUGAAGAGUGAGUCUGUGGAUGGGACUACAAUUCUGGACGUAUGUGGCUCAGGAAGUGGAUCCAGCGCCGGAAACGGUGAAAACUGUGCUGUCUGCUUGGGCAGCAGCAAGUUCGCUUGUGUCAGCAAGACGGAGUUUGCCCGAUGUGUUGACCAAAAGGUUUCCACAACAGCGUUCUCAUGUGCCACGGAUGAGACAUGUGUGACAGAGGCCCUCGCCUUGUAUGGCAACCUCUGUGUUCCUAGCUGUGCCUUCGCUUUUAUCGGAUUGACUGCGGAUAAUAUCACUUGCACCAACACAGUUUAUACGCCACCGACCGCACCAGCUGUUCCUACGCAAGAUGAGUUGAAGCUAGCCUGCUCAGAUGCUGGAGCUUCAAAUACGAAUCCAUUCUUCGACUUAGACAAUGCCGCCGACACCACAUGCAGCAGUUAUAUUUACUGCGAGAAACUUUCUACUUCGAGUUGGCUUGCCAUCUUAUACAGUUGCAAGUCUCCCACUCCAUACUACAGCCAGGUGGAUAAUAAGUGCAUCGCAACCAAACCUACCAGGUGUACUACGAGUAGUACAUAGGUUCAGCACUCUAAAAGAUUGCCACUUGUAUAAUCUCUUACAUGUUCUAUGCCUUAGCUAAACGCUACUAUUAAAUACACAGAUGUUUCCUACAGAAACGAAAUAAAUAACC